GAAACCCUAGCGGUUUUCACGGAUAUGUUCAGAUUCAAUUCAAGUUGCACCCCCAGUCAAUUCUCUGCAACUUGCACUUUCUAUAAAUCUCUCUUCUCAACCGUCGUCAUCAUCAUCACCUCAAACAUUCUCCACAAAUCUAAACACUCACUAUAUAUGAUGCUUGACACUACACCUUUCAUGGCGGACGAGGAGCCGAUAGCCUCCUCUAGUAAUCCUCCUCCUACGUCUUCUUCUGAAUCAUUCAACACAUUCUUCGAAAACUGGCUCCGCGAACAGAAUUCGCACCUCGAAGAACUCGUAACCGCCGCUAACAACCACAACCACAACCACAACAACAACGAAAACGACUCCGCUCUGUUACAACUAAUCGAAAAAGUCGUACGGCAGUACGAACAGUACUACCGAACAAAAUCCGAUUGGGAGAAACGAGACGCGAUCGCGAUGUACGCUCCGUCAUGGCUGAGCAACCUCGAGGACGCGUUUCUAUGGAUCGGCGGAUGGCGACCGACGUUAGCGAUUCAUUUGCUCUACUCUAUAUUAGGUAUUCAGGUAGACGCGAAGCUCCAUGAUCUAAUUCGCGGUAUAACUACCGGAGAUUUAUCCGAUUUGGCGUCAAAACAGAUGGAAAAAAUUGAUGAGUUGCAUAGGAAAAUAAUACAUGAAGAGCGAGUGUUGACGGAGAAACUGGCGAAAGUGCAGGAGACGGCGGCGGAUAGGUCGAUGGUGGAGCUUUCGAUUGCGGUAUCAGAGAUGAUGAGGAAUGGUGGCGGUGAUGGUGGAGAGAGUGAGGAGAGGGUGCAGGAGGUGCUGGAGGUGAAGUGUGGUGAGAUGGAGGAGUUGUUGCAUAUGGCGGAUCAUUUGAGAUUGGAGACGUUGAAGGCGGUUAUAGAGAUAUUGACGCCGAUACAGGCGGUGUAUUUUUUGAUUGCUAAGGCGGAGCUGUAUCUCCGGUUGCACGAGUGGGGGAAGAAGAGGGGUACAAUAGGCAAGGGAGUUAGUUGGAGCUGCAUGUCCGGUUGCGUGCGAGUGGAGGGAAAUCUAGUUUUUAAGUUUUAGACUGUUGUCUGGUUUUGGUUUUGGUUUUGGUUUUUGCGUUUGCGUUUGCGUUCAGUUAUGAGUUCAUUCAUUUAGGUUUGUAAUGCUAGAGUCUGUAAAAAUCUUCCAAAAUAAUUAGAAAGUUUUUGUUAAUCAUC